UUUCCCCCUGAGAAUGUAAAUUUAUCUGAGAAAUAACUAUGUUAUGAUUCGUAGUUGUGAAGUUGUAAGUUAUACAUGAAAGGAAUUAAGUUUAUAUUUUUAAAUUGCAGUAAAUACAUAUGCUUGUUUAUUCUGUUUUUAGAUUAACAUUGACCCAGAAAUAAGUAUUAUGAAUUACGCAGAAACUGAUGGUAAUUUUCUAAUGCUUUUCUAGUUUUUUUGAUCUGGGCUUUUCUAAGAAGGUAAAUUAUGUCGUAGAAGUGACCCUAAACCCCUUUUUUAAAUCUAAAGAGAUAUGGAAAAUACAUAUUUUUCAUAUUUUAAUGCCUUGGACCUGUUGUUUGCUUUUUCAAAUUAUAUCAAGAUUUAACUCCUACAAUUACUUACUCCAAUUACUUACUCGUUGAGAAAAUACCUUACGAGAAGGGCUGAUUUGCAGAUUAGGAAUUAGCAUAUGGACUCGCUUUAUGUCAUAGUCCGGUACCUGAUAAAUCUGCCACUAAUAUGACACUAGCUAACCAAAGUGGAUAACAUACAGGCAUGUAAAUCCGUUAUCCCCCGUUAACAAAUAGCAGAUGAGAGCAAGAAUUUGAAGUCUCGAACUUUUGAUCCAUCCUAUAUCAGUUGUGGGAGGAUCGUGCAGCUAGUUUACUUAGGUUUUGGUAGCUACUGGUUUAAGAUGUUUGAAUCCGUUGGUCGUUAGCCGACUAUUUUACUAAUGGAAAUGGACUAACUCAGUCUUAAGUUCCUAUAGGAGGUAUUCGCCUAGUCGAAUCUGAACUUGUGGACCGGGGCAUUACAUAGUGUGAUUUGUUUGUUUUGAGUAGCAACCAUUUAUAAAAGUGGGGUGGUAACAAUUUGGCUUGAUUGAUUAGUACCUAAAUACAUUUGCAAUGCCAAGGGUAGCAACUACUAGUAAUUUGGUUUACAGAUCAUCUUUAAAUGGCUAUUAUAUUUUCAUGUCAUUUUGUGAUUGAAUAUCAGAUCCAGCUGUUGAAAAUGGCGGAUAACAAUGCUCCACCCGAGAACCAUGAUUCCUCUGUUGAUGCUAAUGUACCUUCUGAGAAUGAAAACGAAGCAUCAAUUGAUGCUUUAGCACGGAAGGUCCAAGAGUCUCUCUCCCAUGCGAAAAAGCACAAGUUUUGGGAAACCCAGCCUGUUGGCCAGUUCAAGGAUCUUGGUGACUCAAGUCUACCUGAAGGCCCGAUUGAGCAACCGACACCCCUGUCUGAAGUGAAGCAAGAGCCCUUUAAUCUUCCCACUCCUUAUGAGUGGAUUACUUGCAAUAUGGACUCAGACGAAAUGUGUAACGAGGUGUAUGCUCUCUUGACCAAUAAUUAUGUUGAGGAUGAUGAGAGCAUGUUCAGAUUCAAUUAUUCGAAGGAGUUUCUUCUUUGGGCACUUCGCCCUCCAGGUUAUUAUAGGAGUUGGCACAUUGGAGUGAGGGUCAAGAGUUCGAAAAAAUUGGUCGCUUUCAUUACUGGGGUCCCUGCAAAAAUCAGGGUUCGUGACACCGUUAUUGUCAUGGCAGAGGUAAAUUUUCUGUGCGUUCAUAAGAAACUCAGGUCGAAAAGACUUGCUCCGGUCAUGAUCAAAGAGGUCACCCGGAGGGUCCAUUUGGAGAAUAUCUGGCAAGCAGCUUAUACUGCUGGGGUCGUUCUUCCAACGCCUAUAACUACUUGUCAAUACUGGCAUAGAUCAUUAAAUCCUAAGAAGCUUAUCGAUGUUGGAUUUUCUAGGCUUGGUGCAAGAAUGACAAUGAGCCGGACGAUAAAGUUGUAUAAGUUACCAGAACAAACCGUAACUCCUGGGUUUCGAAAGAUGGAACCCCACGACGUCCCUGCAGUUACUCGUCUGCUUAGAAAUUACUUGAAGUUGUUUGUUGUUGCACCGGAUUUUGAUGAGGAUGAUGUAGAGCACUGGAUGCUUCCAAAGGAGAAUGUUGUGGAUAGUUAUUUGGUAGAAAGCCCAGAUACUCAUGAAAUCACAGACUUCUGUAGUUUUUACACUCUACCGUCUUCUAUACUUGGUAACCAAAACCAUUCUACUUUAAAGGCUGCUUAUUCUUACUACAAUGUGUCGACGAAGACUCCAUGGCUUCAGUUGAUGAAUGAUGCUCUUAUUGUGGCGAAGAAGAAUGGUUUUGAUGUUUUCAAUGCUUUGGAUGUUAUGCAUAAUGAGACUUUCUUGAAGGAGCUUAAGUUUGGUCCGGGAGACGGAAAACUCCACUACUAUCUCUACAACUAUCGUCUAAAGAAUGUUUUGAGACCAUCAGAACUCGGGCUUGUGCUCUUAUAAAUUGUCAGGGCAAAGAAUUUUCUAACUUGAACUAAUUUUUCUCAUUCCAUGGUUGAUUUCCUCCGUUGUACUUUGUUUUCUUCCAUGGUUCGAGUUAAACUUAGUGUACAACGAACGAUAAAUUUUGUCACUGAACAUUUGGCCCAAGUUCCAUGGGCGAAUUAUUUGUUUUA